AUGCAAAAUUGGUUGAUGGCGAAAUACGCGUCGGCGGUCGCUCUUAACAAAGCACUGGAAUCGAACAGGAAUUUUUACGGUUUGUGCGUUGCUUACACGAACAUGAUCGACGUCGCUUAUCACUACAAGGAUUUAAACACUUGUGCUAAAAUGGAAAUAUGCGCCGUGGAUUUGUGUAAAAGAUGUAGGAAAAAAAUAAUAGAAGUCUACGAAUUGGAAGCCAUAGGACGAUUGUACAAAGUUAUUUUUCAAGCGAGGCACAUGAGAGCGGAAAUUGAAAAUGCCGUUUUCAUCGGAUUUCAAAGUAUAAAAAUAGCAACCGUCAUACGUAGCACGUCACUCAGAUUGGAUUUAAUGCCGGAUUUAAUAUUUGCAUUAAUACAAUUGAAUAGAUUAUCGGAAGCCGUGUCUUUGCUACAAGAACUCGAAUUCAUGUCGCAAGUCGAUUCCGAUAAAUCGAGCAUAAUAUGGUAUUAUGCAAUUUGUUUGGAUUUUCAAUUGGAUACGGGAUAUACCGUGAUACCGUACGAAACGUGUCAAGCAUUCGUUAAAGAAGAAGAAAAUUUUGCUUCGAUACGUGACGUUUACAGCAAACAUCGUUUGUUCACAUCUUUGUGGUUGUGGUCGAUAAGACACAACGAAUGGGAAGUUUCGAAAUCGUAUGGGAACACUUUAAAAGGAUUUAAAAUAUUGGACGCGGCGGAAACUCCCUCGACCGUUUUUACAAGAUUGAAAAGGUUGGAAGGAAAUCUUAUUUCUCUCGUGCAUCGGAUCGAUACGAAAAACAUACACGCGGUCACGUCUGCGUAUUCGGAUGUACACGCUCUCAUGGCGAAAAUAAAAAAAGAUGUGCAAGUCGUGAAAGUAUUGAAACCGAGGUAUUUACUUUUGAAAGCUUACUACAGACAAAUAAAAUAUCGCGACAACAGUUGUUUUAGAAUAUUAAAUCAAGCUCGUAAUAUGGCUGAUAAAAUGAAAGAUAAAAACACGCACGACUGGAUAAAUCAUCUGAAAAUGGUAUGGAGUAAUACCAUAUCCCCCAUUCAACGUGAUUUUUGGAUCGAACAUUGUCGAUAUAAUUUAAUUGAUUGGCACGAAUCCGAUGGACAAACGAAAAAACAAUCCGUCAUGUAUUCUCUUCCACUACCGAAAUUUUAA